AUGUCUCUCUUCGGUAACACCAAAUUCAACACUCACCUCUCCGUCCCCUCCAUCUUCGGUGGCAAGGGCAGCACUAAGCGCGAUGCCCCUUCACGUAACGAAACCCAGCUUCUCGGGCCUGACGUAGACUUGGACCUCGAGCUUUCCUUCGCGUCGACCAUGUCUCUGAACUCGCCCGCAAGAGACUCCCAACCACUGACGCCCGAGGAAGAGAAUCCCGACCACGUUCCGAUGGACAUCUCCCCCGCCCCUCCUCGCGUGUUCCAACCGCCCCCUCAGCCCAUCAUGCAAACUCUGAACCCAAAGCCAUUGGUAGGUCGGCCACGCGCGGCUACCAGCGCCGCACGGCUCUUCGGACGCGACAUGAGCAACGGCCACGACAGCAGCUCUCAGUUCUCCGACACCUCCGUUUCCAAGUCAGGCAUGGGGACUAGCAGCGGCAAGCGUCUCCAGCGCGCUGCGCUGCCUACUGAGUGGCUCGCCAUGCCGACCCCUCAGCACGAUGAGAACGCGUUCAGCCAGCCUGUCGACAUCCCGUCGUCGCCGACGGAUCGUAUGGAUGUCGACACUUCGUUCAGUUUGGCCUCGUCAGCGCCCGACGCACAGGGUCCACUCUCAGCCGCCCCCACGAUCACUGCGUUCAACUUCGGUGCUGCACCUUCCUCUUUCGGCCCGUCGUCGCCCAUCUCUGCGGCCCCCACAGUGACGACGUUCAAUAACCUGUUCUACGACGUGAUCUCCGCUCCUUCUCGCGGCGAGAACGUGCUAGCGGAAGCGGCCGACAUUUCUGGAGUGUCCAGCAUCGGUGAGAGCCCAUCCCAGCCGUUCCCGAAGAAGCGCCGCUCGUCCUCGCCUGACCGUAAGAGCUUGAGCCUCCGUCAGAGCCACCAGCAUCUGUUCGAGGAUGAGGAUCAUGGCUACACGUCGUCACCUGCACAGUCGUCGCCGUCCGCGCAUAAGCUUGAGCGUAUGGCGAGCAGCUCUCUGCUCACUAACCAGAAGAAGCCUGCGAGUCUUGGUCUCGGCAUGCCGCCUGCUCUUGCGCUGAACGCGAACAAGAAGCGUCCCCGUCGUCCUGCGCUUAGCGCCAUGAUCGCCCCCGGCGAAGGCCCUUCGUCGAGCUCGCCGCACCCGAACACCGCCUACCCGAUCAUGACCAACCAGGAGGACAGCGAGGAGGGCGCAGCAGAGGUCGUCCACCGCCUGCCGCCCGUCCGUCGCGCGUUCUCGGCGAUGCUGCCCCCGAACCUGCUCGACAACAGCAUGUCGAGCGACGCGAGCUUCGAACAGGACCCGGACCUGAGCUCGCCCGCGCAGGCGUACGCGAAGCGCCAGCAGGUGAAGACGAUCCGGAGGUGCGACGGGACGGACGACUUCCGCCCGAUCACGGGCGUGACGGCGCUCAUGAAGCGCGACACGGACGCCGCGGGCCGCGGGCUGCGCAGGAGCGAGGAGAGGGAGAACAGGACGCGGACGGUCGCGGAGCGCGAUACGCCGCGGAGCAAGUACUUGAACGCGGGCCCUGGGCUGGGCGGGUUCGGAGAUAACGAGGCGCACGGGAAGAUUCUGCCGUGCCAUCGCGUGCGCGAGGAUGGGCUGAUGAGGAUCAACCCGACGACGCUGAACGAGCUGUUGGACGGGAAGUACAAUUCGCAGCUGGAGAAGUACGUGAUCAUCGACUGUAGGUUCGACUACGAGUACCUGGGCGGCCACAUCCCGGGCGCGAUCAACAUCAACACGACCGCGGGCGUCGAGGAAUACCUGCUCGGCAUGGCGGCGAGCAAGCCGCAGCCGUCGACGAGCGGCGACGCGAGCAUGAAGACGAUCCUGGUGUUCCACUGUGAGUUUAGUGUCAAGAGAGCUCCGACAUUUGCUAAGCACCUCCGUUCCAAGGAUAGGGCGAUGAACAACCACGUCUACCCGCGCGUGCACUACCCCGAGGUGUACAUCCUCGAGGGCGGCUACUCGCAGUACUUCUCCGAGUCCCGCCAGCGCUGCCAGCCGCCGAACUACGUGCGCAUGGACGACCCGAACUACGCGGCGUCGCGCAAGGAGGACCUCGACCAGUUCCGCAAGGGCAAGUUCGGGCGCACGAAGUCGUACGCGUACGGCGAGGCGAAGAUGCUCUCGAUGACCUCGGCCGCGCAGCAGGUGCAGGCGGCCCAGCCGAAGCGUGCCUCUGCGCCGACGGGCGGCUCGGGCAGCUUGUUCGCUGCGGCGACGGCUGCGCGCACGCGGCGCGGCGGGCUGCAGACGCUCGCGGAGGACGGGAGCGUCGACUACGAGAGCGACGGGGGCGACACGGACAUUGGCGACAGCCCGUGCCCGCCGCCGACGAAGAACGUGGUGUAUAAGGGCAAGAAGAUCGGGCGGGUGCCGCUCGCGCGGGCGGAGACGUAUGGGCCUUCGCGCAUGACUAUGGGCUACUAG